UAACCUCUAUAAAUUUAUUUUGCUCCUUUUGCUCCUUGUUGUUAAAUUCUUUGCGGAAAUUUUAUUAAAUAAAAUUAAGAUAUACAAGUGCAUAUAAUUUCAGAAAAAUGUCCUUAUUUGCGAGACGGAUAUUUUCCAAUCUUUUGAAAGAUUGGCAAUGUUUGCAAUCUGUCACCUGUAAUUCCAAUCUUCGAUGCCAAUUAUCGACUCAGUCUCAACCGAAUGUGAAAGAAUCUGAUCUGUCCAUUAUUUCGGAGAACCCAGUCACUACGUUAGAUCCGCUAAAACAUCCAGAUUUUUUCCAAGUUCAUAAUAUGUUCACUGUGAAGGAUCUGUACGAUGCCAGGGUACACUAUGGCCACAAAAUAACUUCAAUGAAUCAACACAUGGAGACAUUCAUAUUUGGUUCCAGAUUAGAUCACUUAAUAAUCGAUUUAGAUCAAACCGCUGAAUUACUCAGACAAGCAUUGAACUUCAUUGCCCAUGUCGCCUUUAGAGAUGGUAUAAUUCUGUUCAUUUCACGAAAUCCUCAGACUACAUAUUUAGUGGACAAAACUGCCAAAGAGUGCAAGGAAUUUUCACAGACGAGAUACUGGCGGAUAGGCCUGUUUCCUAAUUCGAAGAACCAGUUUAAGACCAUGACACGACUGCCUGAUCUGUGCAUCUUUCUUAGUACCCUUGACUCUGUAUUGGCUGAACAUCCAGCGGUUAGACAUUCGGCGAAGAUGUGCAUACCCAGCGUAGGUAUAGUCGACACGAAUUGUAAUCCGAAUCUUAUAACGUACCCUAUCCCCGGAAAUGACGACUCUCUAUGCGCCAUAGAGCUCUAUUGUUCAUUAUUCAAGGAAGCUAUUCUGAGAGGUAAAAAAGCUCGAGAAACAAUGACCAAUUUUAAAGAAUCAAUAUAAAACUAGCAAGUAAUUUGUGAUAUUAAACAAAUCAUAUUAUAUAUGUACAAAACAGCAGAUCGAAAUAUACAUUUCUUU